CCUGCCACUUCCGGUUGUGGGUCUGGUGAUACAGAUCCGAAAUAUUUUAAGUGGAUUUUUUGGACUGAAUGUGGUAAUCUGAGUAUAUGAAAUAUGAUAUUGUUGGAGAUAAACAAUCGAAUUAUUGAAGAUACUCUUCGACUAAAAUUCAAAAAUGCUCUUGCAGGGAAUAAGCCAGAGUCAGUAGAAGUCACCAUAGCCGAUUUCGAUGGAGUCUUAUUUCACAUUUCUAAUUUGAAUGGCGAUAAGACGAAAGUCCGUGUCAGCAUAUCUCUUAAAUUUUACCGGGAGUUGCAAGAACAUGGAGCAGACGAACUUCUUAAAAGAGAAUAUGGGCCAUUAUUAACUGCACCAGAAGAAGGAUACAAUGUCACACUUCUUUUCGAUUUGGAAAACAUUCCAAAAUCAUAUGAUGACUUAAUUCAAAAGGCUGGGCUCUUAAAACGGAAUUGUUUUGCGUCUGUGUUUGAAAAAUAUUUUGAGUUUCAAGAGCGAGGUGAAGAAGGCCACAAAAGGGCUGUUAUUCACUAUAGAGAUGAUGAAACCUUGUACGUGGAAGCAAAAUCUGACAGGGUGACUGUGGUCUUUAGUACCAUAUUUAAAGAUGAAGAUGAUAUAAUUAUAGGAAAAGUAUUUAUGCAGGAAUUUAAAGAAGGUAGAAAGGCUAGCCAUACAGCUCCCCAAGUGCUUUUCAGUCACAAAGAGCCACCUAUGGAAUUAGCUAAUACUGAUGCUCGAACUGGUGACAAUAUUGGCUAUAUUACUUUUGUCUUGUUUCCAAGGCACACAAACAAACAAGCAAGAGAUAACACAAUCAAUCUCAUUCAUACAUUUAGAGAUUAUUUACAUUAUCAUAUAAAAUGUUCUAAAGCAUAUAUUCAUUCUCGUAUGCGUGCCAAAACAUCAGACUUUUUGAAGGUCUUAAAUAGAGCAAGACCCGAGCCAAAAACAAUAGAAAAAAAAACUAUGAGCGGGCGAACUUUUGUGCGAUACUGAUCAUCUGGUUUCAUGAAUCAAACUGUAUAAAAAUUCAUUCCUGAGGAAAUUAUCAAAACUUUGGUGAAGCUGGUUUUCUUUAAAGAAUAUAUUUUCUCAAUUUGUUACCAUGAACAUUUUUGAUUUCACUAAUUUCGAGACAAAUGAGAGAAUAUUUUAUGAUUGAAGAUUAAUUUAUGAAUUUUUUAAUUGCUGUAUAUGAUUUUCUUAUCUUGUGUUGCUGUUCUUUUUGGAAAUACUUCGAUUAAAACUAAAAUUCCUAUGUAAUUAUAGCUGAAGUGUGCUGUUAAUCUCUUAUGUAAUUAUGUAAGUUAUUUGUACAAUAAAUAUCUUACAUUUCUGUUA